UGUUCUAAUGUCAUUGAAAAUUUUUUUUGACAUUAAAAACACAUGCCCUUCAGCCUGAGUUAAAUUAUUCCAGCUAUGAUUAUAUCAUUCUAAAAAAGACCAUGGGAAGCUGAAUUAUACUAGACCCAAAAGAGGAAUCAAUCACAGAUGACACAAGUAGUUAUUAACAUCAGAUAUUACUUAGAGAGUCAUGCCAUAGGUGGUUUAAAUGCAGUCCAUAUGCAAACUCUGCUAUCUUUUCCAACAGUGAUGUAAAUAAGUUUAGGCUCAAUCUUACUAUUAAAAAAAUGGCAGCUUGGCAAUACAUAUCCAGAGAACAUAUCUCAGAAUUAUAUUUAAUGCAAUUUUCUCUUUUAAAGAUUUUUCAAAUAAAAGCUUUUAUGUUAAUUUAGUCUUUAGUUUAGAGGAUUGUAUUUAAUGUUAUAUAUUUAAUAUAAACUAUAUGGUUGAUCAACUGCAUGUAAAUUUGCCUUUUCCUCCAUCGAAGGGUCAGCCUUAGAAAAAUAGGGCCUCUUUUCAAGCAAGUGUCUUGACCCUGCCAUGCAGUUUUGGAAAUUUAUUUUUUUUCUCUACAUAAGUGUCCCCUGGUCAAAAGAAAUUGGCAUCAAGAUGAAGGGGCAUCACACCCAGUGGCAGGAAGAACCUAGAACAGAUCAAAACAAAGUCCAUUGGCAGAAGAAUACAUCAGGCGAGACAAAAAGAUAGAGAUCAUUUCCCCUGAAGUUGUUACUUGUCCAUUCUUAAGCCUUUCAGGGAAUUUCACAUAUAGUUGCUCAAACUUCAGAUUCAUCUUAUCUUCAUGAUUGUCUCAUUACAGACUUACUGUUAAUGAACGUGUUGCUGCUAGACACAUGGUUUAUUGAAAAUCAAGUGAAGUAACUUUUCUUUUUCAACCAUGUUCUACUCAUAGCUGGUCAUGAUGUCACUAUAGAAGGUAAAGUGUCUAGCAGUUAAUUCAUUAAGCCUGAAGCACAUCUUACUACAGUAGUGCUUCAAAACCAGUGUUGUUGAGCAUAAACUCCCCGCUUCAUAAGAAAACAUUCUCCAACAUUGGCAUUGUCAUCAGUGAUCGGUUUAUCUGUUAGGCUUGAAACGAUUUGGCUUCCACUGUUGAGACAAUGUGGUCUUAUCUGGGACAAUAUAAUCAUGGUUAUAACGAUUUGACUCGUGGUGGAGUGAUAUGGUUUUGGCGACGAAAUGACUGGCCCCAGUGAAAGUAACCACAUCUCCUGAAAUAGUAGAUAUUUAAUCUACAGAAGUUAAGGUUUUAUAAAAGACUAUAUCUGAAUCAGGUAAUUUCUGCAAACUAAUGAACUAACAUAUUAUAUUCAAAAAAUAAAAAAAUCUUUAUAACAGCUAUAAUGCAAUACUUUCAUACUUAUUUACUUAUAAAAAAAUAAUUAAAAUAGCAAAACUAUUUUAUCAUAAGCAGUUCGUUGAUGAAAGUUCUAUUGGGCCACUAAAAUGUUAGUAUUUGUAAAUGUUCUAUUUCAGCGAUAUAUUGGCAAUGUUAAUAGCUAUAGAAUAAGAUUUAAAUGCAAGAGAUACUUAAGUUUGCAGAUAGUGGGAAAAUAUCAUGUACUUGUUGCAUCUUACAGUAGAAUCUAGAAAUUGAAACCAUAUUUUACUAAGAAAUUUUUUUAUCUCUUAGGCUUAUGGCCCUGCAAACCAUGCAACAACAGCAGGUCUGUUGGAAGAGCAUUUUUCAGACUACACGAGUAUCACCUGGUCAGAUUAGGAUUUGCUUAAUGGGAAGCAAUCCAAAAGCUUUCACAAUUUUUAUUUCCCUUACCAUGUUUACUAGGUCCUACUUGUACCAAAGUCUUGCAGAUUUUGGUAUGUGCUAUUCUUCUAAUUUAAUUUUUUUUAUAAUUUAAACCAUUUAUUUGUCGACAUAUAAAAGCUCAUUAUUUUUAUUAUAGAGAAUGUUAAACCCUGGUUGAUAGUUUAUUUUCAGGGGAAAUUUGAAAUACAAUGAACUUUCAUCAUUUUUGGCCCACCAUAUUCUGAAGUAAUAUAUAAUGGUAUUAUUUUGUUUAUUUUAUUUUUUCUCUGGAUCAAUAUUUGUAAAAGGAAGUAGGGGUUUAGGAGCUUUUUAUACAAUUCAGAAUACUUGUAAGCAUAUUUUAAGCCAGUUACGAUUGUGUUUUAGAUUACAAAUUUAGUAAUAACCUAAUAAUAGUAAACUGGAGAAAGACCAAAAACAGUGCAAUUGAAAGAAAAAAAUUGAAUUUACUUUUUCUGCAUUAUUUAGUUUCAGCUGGCUUGCAAAUUAUGCAAGUGCAGAAGAUCUCAUAGGAAUAAUUAAUUUCAUUUGUGCAUUCAUUAGAACUUAAAUAUACUGUAAAUGUUUUUAUUUGGUGUUAUUUUACACUCAGAUCAGGAAUAACACUGAGUGGGCUGCUGAGAGAGGAUUCCUUCAGGUUGAUAUGGAUCAGUGAAGCACAUCUUUUUAACAUAAAUCUUUUCAUUCUUCCAAAUCCUUCUAGAAGUGAGCAGUUCCAUGAUUUUAUUUUAGAUGAUUUGUUUUACAGGUAAUUGCAGUUGCCUUGUUGAAAGUUGUGAAAACUAUAGUCAUAACUACAGAAAGCUCUCCACUAACGUCUUGUAAUUUUAAUACUUCUUAAGGCAUUAGUGUCAUGUGUGCAAUGCAGCUUUGCAAAUAACAAAUUGUACAACUUGUACAUUAACUUAAAAGCUUUAAAUUGUCAGUAAAAUUUAGCUGUUCUUGUGUAAACAAGAAUAAAAUGUUCUCCUUGUUGAUUUUUUCGUUCUUACAUCCGCUAAGCUCAUUCUGCAUGCCAAGGAAGGAAAGGGUGAAAAAUAAAGAUGAAGGAUGGGGAGAGAGGAAUAAAGUUCUUGAAGACUUUUAACGUGAUUUUCUGCCAAUGAUACCAGUAACUUUGGAGCCAUAUUAUAAUGGAAAAUGCCUUCAGAGAGUUUGUCCUUUGAUGUUAUUGCUCAUUUUCCUUGUUAUCGCUAUCACUAGUGCUUGGACACCAUUGUGAAGACGUCACAAAACUGAACAGCUUGCUUCAGGUGUUGCUGUGUUGGUUAGGAAAAUGCUACAAAAUCAAGUAAUACAUUAUGCUUUUCCUUGUAUACUUAAAAAAUAGUAAAGAUGAUUGCAAGUUUGAGGAUAUAAAUAUGUGUUUGUGCAAUUGUACAUUUAUUAGAUGACAGAUUAUAUGAGCUUGAGUACAAUGUAAUAUACACUGAAGGCUGUUCUAGAAACAAAGUGUGAUUUUCAAGGACACUGGCAAAGACUUCUGAGAAAGAAAAUAUGACUGCCAUAAUAUAAUUGUAACGUGUUUUAAUACACAUAAAUUUGUUGACCUAAAAUGUGUACGUAAUUUGGAAGGCAAAAAAUCAUUGAGGGCAAAUGAAAGUACUCCCUCCUUUUUGAUGUCAAGUUUGCCUUGAAAACUUCAAAUAUUUUAAAAGGAUGUGUUCUGUUUAUAGAGUGUGUCAGGCACUUAAGUGUGUCAUACGUUUUAGUUUCCUUAAUGAUAAAAAGGUGUAAAUUUCAUUAAUGAUGUUUCGAGUAAUUGAUGUUGAGAAAUUGAUUAAGCUUUGUUGUUUCUUAUCUUAGAUUAAAGCUGUGUUAGAUUUGUUCAGAUCAAAACAUCUGUGAAAGCAUAGACGUUAUAAGAUAUGGACAGUCAACUCGAGGCGCUCGCAGUGGGAAAGCGUUGACUCACCGCGUGACCGCAGGGUGGAAGAGAAGGGGGAGGACAGGCAAUUUCCGGUCGCUGUGGUUAGUAUCUGCGAGCAUCAUGGAAUCCUUUGAUAUCGAAGAAAUCCUCUUAGACGAUGGUGUACUUGAAAUGGGUGACCGAGAAAAAUUCGACGUUCCCUCAUCUACCGCUGAUAGUUUCAGUGGGGUCUGUUUGGAAACCUUGGAAGAGUCAUGCAAUGCUUUGCUGUCAGAUGACUGCAUAUCCGACAGCACAAAGGACAUAAUCCGUAAUAUAGAUGGACCUGCUCUUCUUCAGGAUUUACAAUUCCUGAAUCAAUGUUUGGUGAAGAAGGGCAGGUUCAAAACUGCUGCCAAGGAAAAGGCCUAUUCCAAUUUCAACAGGGAAUUUGUCAAUCAUUCUCAAGAUGUAGAAAGGCACAUCCCAUCACCUGCCUCUGCAUGGGUCUGCCUGAAAGUCUUUGAAUUGAUGGUUAACAAGAAUUACAACUUGCCAUUAUGCAAUCAGGCAUCCAGUAUAAGUGAGGUCACUGACGAUGAAGUAGAUAUUGUCCAGUAUAUUGCAGGCUAUGUAUUAUGUAGUGUCAAGAGACAAGCACUAAAAUUGUCUCAUACUGAGAGAGAAGACAGUUUAUUAUGCAUAAAAGAAUUAAUACCAGAAGAUGACACAGCUUCUGAACCUGCUGAGAGAUCAUUGACUCAAAUUCUGGACAGAGGGGGCCUUAUAAAAUUAAAACCUCCUGUCCUUCAAGUUUUUAUAAAGCUAGAGUCUAUUUUUAGACAAUGCUUUGAUGGACAGAUGCAGACUUUGUCCUUCGAUUUAUAUUUUACUAAUUGUUGCCAAGCAGAGUCAGUUAGCACUUGCUUAUAUGAGCAAAUGUAUAGCAUCUUAGCAUCACAGAAAAUAAAAGAGAAUAUUUUAUUUAUGAUUGUUAAAUCUUAUUUUAUGGUUCGGGCACACCACAAGUGCAAGAAGUUUAUGGAAAAUUUUAAACUGUCAAGACGUACCUCUAGCAAAAAACAGAAGGGACUUAGAAAAGGUUUGAAGACAACUAGCUCAAAUGUGUAACUGGGGGUUUAAUUUUCAGAAUUUGGGUCAAUGAUCUACACUGUUUUUCAAUGAUGUCACUUGAAUAGUUUUUUGCAAACUCAUCAACUGAUUCCUGAUUUAUGUUAUUGACUGCCCAUGUUUUUUAUGUGCUAAUGCCUUUCCUACUACUUUGCUUUGAUUGGAAAAUGAAAUUUGCAAGAAUGUUUGGUAUAAUGGGAAUUAAAGGUAUGAAGAUGGUAAUUUUAUUGUCCUCCCUCCCUAAACCCAUGUGAAUUUCAAUUGCCAUCCCAAAAUUAAUACACACUCAGUUGACAUAAUAUAUGUAUAUCCCUUGUUAAAUUUGUAUCAUCUUUAUUUACAUAUGUGCAAGAACAAUAUUGAUCAUAAUGUUAUGGAUAAUGAUCAUCAUGCAAUGCUUUUUGUAUAAAAGCUAACUGGACUGUUUUGGCAAUCUUAAUUGGAGCAGCCGAGAAGCAUUUCAAUCUUGAGCAUUAUAAAAGUUUUAGUUUUACAUAAUGCAUGUAUAUAAAAUAAAAAUUGAUGUGAAGUGUU